CCUGCGGGCACCAUUCUACUUCUGUUUUUUUCUUAGGCGGACGAAUUGUGCCGGGAUAUCUAAGGCUCCAGAUCGGCAGCUUCCAAAUCGGGAUGUGAUGAUGUACAUGCUGACAAUUUCCAAGUUCUGGUUGUGUUCCCGGCUCUUCUUCCUCUACUCUUCUUUUAUGCUCAGCCCACCAUCCUUCACGCGUGCGCGCUCGUCGUCGACGUCAAAGACUCUGUCUGUAUGUACACGGAGAGCUGCGCAGGCACCUAACGAUGCUCCCGAGUCCCCCAUGUUGUACCUCGUUGCCUCUCGCAUCCUGGAUUGGACCCAUCUUUCCUCACAUUCCCGUCCCUCCCCCCAUCUUGGGACUCCAGAACUCGUGCUCCCUCUUUCCACUCCAGCCUACAAAACUGCUUUCUCCAAAACGGACCUGGCGCCGCCCCCUGCGUCACAGUCCCGGUUUUCUUCCGCGCACCUGCCUGCAAUCCUUGUUCUUAUCUUAUUCCCGCUCUCGACGGCGCUCGUUUUACUCAGUCUUACGACUCUGCCGAUCACCGUUUCAUGGCCGCACACCCUGCCCGAUCUUGCUCAGCUUGGCAGGGAGCUCCACGGGUAUUGUCAAAGCGGGCCGAUUCAGACCACCCAUGUCGUAGCGGUCCUCUCCCUUACGGCGAUAUGGAAGCACGCAUGGUCUGUUCCGGGUAGCGUCAUAUGGAACGUCCUGGCUGGAGCGUUAUUCUCACCCGCAUUUGCGACAAUCCUGCUGACGACACUGACGACGAUCGGUUCUUUGUGUGCUACUCUCCUUGCUAUGCCCCUAGGACCUGUCAUAACCCGAUUCUUCCCCCGUGCACUGGAUGUGACGCGCCGUGCCCUCGACGGGUCUGACGCGUCGUCCUCGGACACGGACACGACUGCGCGUUCGCCCGCUUGGGUGCGACUGUGCGUGAUGCGAUUGAUUGGCGUGGUGCCAUGGUCUGGGAUCAACAUUGCAUGCGGUGUCUGUGGUGUAACACUGUGGGACUGCGCAAUGGGAUGUUUCAUUGGAUCAUUGCCGUGGACUGCGGUGACCUGUCAGAUCGGAGAUAUUCUCCAAACGGUUGCUUCGCAUCCGUCCCCGACACCCCAGACCGUCUCAUCUCUUCUCACUUCUCCGGAGAUCAUCAUCAAGCUUGUACUUCUGUCAUUCCUGUCUUUGGCUCCCGUUCUGGGUCGUAGCCAUCUGCGCAGCUUUUUGACAGCUGAGGCUGAAAAGUCAUCUCCGAGCUCUGAAAAGCGUUCUGGCAGAUGGAGUGUGGGAUGGGUUCAAGAUUGGCGAACGAAGAUCCGCGGCAGCUCGCGUUCUCGAGAACCGUCGCUGGAUGAACAGCUUUCGACGCUGGUUGAUGAGAAACGGGUCCUGGAGGCUCGACAGUCAUAAAGCUCGGCAUUGAUCGUUUUGUCCAUCGGUUUUCGUGCUGUCCAUACCACUUCGUUGCAGCGUUCGCUUUCUGCAUCACAUACCUCGCCAUCUGCAUGUCGCAUUUAUCACCCUAUCUAUCGGCUCCCAUCUAUCGUCCGUUACUUACGACUACGCCUCUUAAUGUCAGUCCGGAUCUUCACUAUGUAUUGAAUACUACACCACCCUUCGCGUCCAUAUCAUAGAUGUUAUACCACAUAGUAAACUCAAAUGUAAUGCAUUUCCCGCACCAUCUCCA